CUGACCUUCACCUUAGCUUUACGGCGGCUUGCUUUGCUGGAUCCCCACCCUAAUAACCCAAGCAAAAGAACAACCACCUGUCACUUACAGUUCCGCUGUCCAAACGUUGAAUCAUCAUCUCGGUUGACAAUAAGCAGUGGUCUGAGAUUACAUUUCAUCUUUCAUCGAACACCAUGGUGGAGUACAUCGAACCCGGCCAACUGGCGUCCACAUUGCGCCAUCCGGAGCAUAAAGACCGGAUCUUGGUGAUAGAUGUGCGAGACGAGGACUUUGCGGGGGGCCACAUCCGCGGAGCAGUCAACGUGCCCUCGGACCUCUGGUGCGAUGAUCCGCACCUGGACUCGCUCAUCGAGCAGCACCUGCCCGGCAAAGACAUGGUUGUUGUCCACUGCAUGUUUAGCCAACAACGAGGCCCUAGGUGCGCCUUGCGCCUGCACAACCGGUUGAGCGCGCGUGAAGACCCUUCCAAGCCGUCGGUGUACGUCUUACGUGGCGGAUUCACUGGAUUUGCGCGUCAUUACAGGAACGAGAGCGACUUGGUCGAGGGCUACGAAGGGGCAUGCUGACUUGCUGAGUUGCUGAGGCCGUGUCCCGAAGGGCCGACAGCGAUACACCGCUGUGAUUGAAGCAGAUAUAGGUGCAAAAUGCAGGACUUAAAAGGGGUUAGCCCAGAGCUGCUAUGUUAUCAUGUCAGGCCUGAACCGUGGACCCGAACCGAAACCGAACAUACUGCUUGCAGUGUGUUGCAUAUCCUCCGUAUUCCAUAUAUCUAUGUGGUUACCUUGCGCUUCAUAUUUUCGAUGGAAUAGUGCAAGGGCUGCUGCGAGCUCCGACCAUGUAUAGUGUACGACGUCCCUGUUCUCUUAUUUGCCUUUUAGCUUCUUGUGACUCAGUUUGACAUGGCUGAUAGUUAGGGGAUUGGUUCCCGCCUUGUAAAUAGCACAACGGCUCUGUCGCAACAAACCUUGCUUUACUUCGAAGGUUGCCUCUAUCCAAGAUAUAAACAGCAGUAUCGCUAUUAUAUUGGACUGGUUUGGCCAUAUAAUCGAUGAAGCUAGGCUGAGCCUAAUGGAUGAUUAUAGUCGUAGAAGACGCAAAUAGAAAUGGUCGGGAGCGGGACGCUCAACAACUCGCGCGGAGGGACCUUGAAACAUCAGGAAUGCCCUCCGAAGGCGACUUUGAAAUAUAAGAAGUAUAAUGGAGACGUUGAUCCUACGCAGCUUGCGAAGAAACUACCAAGUCAGCAAAUUGCAGAGGUCUCGCAGCCUGUGCGCAACGUGGAGGGUUGGCGGCCGCGUCCGCGGAUUAUCGAGCACCUGAAUAUUGCAGACUUCAGCCACCAUGUCGACUGCAAGGUGCCCGUGGACGAACCCAUCUUCCAGCCGUUCCCCCCGGAGGUGACCUUCCACAAUUACGAAGCGUAUCAGACCUACGAGGCCACGCUUUACCUCCGCAACAACGACAAUGUGUCCCGCCGGGUCAAAGUGCUGCCGAUGGAGUCUCCGUACUUCUCCGUACGGAAAGCCACAGCAGCGGGCAAGGAGGACAGCAAGGUGGCGACGGGCAUGGAGGUGGCGUUCACCGUCACCUUCCGACCCGAAUCCCGCGACGAUUACUCCUGUGACCUGAUCGUCUGCACCGAACGUGAAAAGUUCGUUGUGCCGGUGAUUGCCGUGGGUGCCUCCGCAGCCCUGGACUUCCCAGACCUUGUGGACUUUGGCUCUGUGCCAGCAAAGGUGGACACGCGCCAAACCGUGUUCGUACGCAACGUGGGCAGCAAGGCAGCGCACUUUAGCCUCACCGCGCCCCCGCCCUUCAACGUGAGCCCCACUGCGGGGCACCUGGCGCCGGGCGAGACGCUGCAGUGCGCAGUGGGCUUCGAGCCGCCCUCCACGGGGCGCUAUGAGGGCGAGCUGGAGAUCCAGUACGACAGCGGGAGAUGCGUGUAUGCGCAGCUGGUGGGCAGCGGGCACGAGCUGGAGGUGGGGCUGUCGCAGGGCGUGGUCACCAUGCUGUCCACCUUUGUCACAAAAUCCAGCCAAAAGACGUUUAAGAUCGUGAACAACAGCGACGUCAGCGUCAAGUAUGCGGUGAAGCAGCGGCCCACGGCGGAGCAGGACAUGACGAUGACAGCACAGCGGCUGGGCACACUCACGGCGUCGGCAGGCAUCAGCGGGGGCGGGGGCUAUCACUCUCCUACCGGCGGCAGCGGCGGCGGCGCCGCCGCUGACGCCGAUGGUGAUGCCACGUCAGAGGACGAGGACGCCAUCCUCUCCAGCGCCGCGGCGCAGCUCUCCCGGCGGCUGCAUAAGGCCCAGCAGGAGGCGCUGCUUGACGCCUACCUCUUCAACGACCGCAACUUCACGGUCAACCCCGCGGAGGGCACCAUCUGGCCUCACAGCGAGGUGGAGUUGAUGGUGUCCUUCAGCCCCGACCAUGCGCGGGAGUACGAGGUGCUGGCUUACGUGGACGUGGCGGGCCGCGCGGAGCGCCUGCCGGUGGUCUUCAAGGGCCGCGGCUUGGGCCCUGCAGCAGUGUUUUCCUACGAUGUGUUGGAUGUGGGUGACACCUGGGUCAACACGCUGCACCAGUAUGAGGUGGAGCUGCAGAACCGCGGCAAGAUUGACGUGGAGUUUCGGUUGGUGCCGCCGGGGACAGCGUUUGGGAGUCGCUUCACGUUCGAACCCUCGCAUGGGCGGCUGUCGGGCGGGCAGAUCCAGAUCAUCAAGGUGAAGCUGCUGUCGGACCUGCUGGGCGCAUUCGAUGAGGCGUUCUUGUGGCAGAUCAAGGGCAGCAGCGAGCCGCUGAGCCUGCAGUUCAAGGGCCGCGUGUGCGCGCCGUCGUUCGAGGUGGACGUGGAGGGGCUGGACUUUGGGGUGUGCUCCUACGGGUUCAGGUACACCAAGGAGUUCAUGCUGACCAACACCAGCGAGAUCCCGCUACGCUUCUCCUGGCGGGUGCCCACGGACACUGAGGAACCGCGGGAGUUCCAGAUCCUGCCCGCCAAGGGCACCAUCCUGCCGCAUGGGCGCGUCAAAAUCAAUGUGGAGUUUGUCAGCAGGACGGUUCAGCGCUACCGAACGGAGCUCGUCAUGGACAUCCCUAGCGUGGCGGAGCGGCAGCUGGUGUUGCCGCUGGUGGGCGAGUGUGCCGUGCCUAAGCUCAGCCUCUACUCGCGGACCAUGGAGUUCGGGGAGUGCAGUCUGCGCUUCCCGUACAAGCGGGAGAUGCGCAUCAUCAACGAGUCCAAGCUGCCUGCGAAGUUUGAGGUGCUGCCCCAGGAGCAUAACUCCCUGGGCCUGGCCUCCUUCAUAGUGGAGCCCUCCUCAGGCGGCAUCCCGGCGCGUGGCGAGCAGGUGAUCGAGCUGACGCUCACGACGUACACGCUGGGCCGGAUCCAGAUCCCGGUGCGCGUCAAGGCGCUUGGAUCCAAGGCGCCGCCGCUGGAGCUGAUCCUGAAUGCCAAGUGCAUUGGGCCGCAGCUUGACUUUGGCGAUGACCUGGAGGGCAGGACCAGCACACCCAGCAUCGCCUUCGACCGGGUGCCCGUCCUCAAGGAGCACUCCCUGCCGCUCACCAUCAACAACAUCAGCGUCAUUCCCGCGGAUUUCAAGCUCUUCAUAGAGUCCAAGGACAGCGUGUUCAGCGUGGAGCCGCGUCAGGCCCACCUAGACCCGGGUGAUAGCUGUACGGCACACGUGAUGGUCAAAAUGGACGACAACAUGGACUUCGCGGACACGCUGCAUGUGCUGAUCCAGGAGGGCGCGGACAUGUCCAUCCCGCUAACGGCAAGCGGUACCGGCAGCGCCAUCGUGGCGGAGGAGCUGGCCAGUGGGCAGCUGGACUUUGGCUACCAGUUUGUGGGCCGCCCCUUCACGCGCGACGUGACGGUCUACAACAUGGGGCGGAAGACGGUGCUGCUGGCUUGGAGCUCCAACAGGUUUGAGGAGCUGAAGAAGGAGUACGCCAAGGCGCACAGGGGCUCAGGCAAGAAGUUUGACCUGGCCCUGAUGCCGCCCGAGCAGCACCCCGUGUUCAACAUCACUCCCGACAAGGUGCAGCUGGGCGCCAAGGAAGCCGCCACCUUCACCAUCACCGGCAACGCGCUGGCGCCUGGAGAGAUCAAGGAGCAGCUGGUGUGCAGCGGCGUGUUUGGCAACAACAACAAGGCCAUCAAACGCGUAUUCGAGCCCAUCAUGCGUGCUGACGUGGCCACACCGCUGCUGCACUUCUCCGACCGGCUGUUGCACUUCCGGCACGUCUACCGCAAGGGGGUGUCUGUGGAGUCUCAGACGCGGCCGCUGACCAUUAAAAACAUAUCGCCGCUGCCGCUGUCGUUCAGCCUGAAGCCCUCGCCGCCGUUUUCGGUGGACCGAGCCACAUGGACGCUUGACUUGGAGGAGAGUGGAACGGUCAACGUCACCUUUGAUCCCAACUUUAAGGACGACUUGCAGAGCCUCCAGACGCGCACCAAGCUGCAGGUGGUGUACAGCGACAACCCGCAGCGCGACUCGGUGGACGUGUACGGCGACAUCGACUUCCCCAACCUGGUCUUCGACGCCCACAGCAUCGACUUUGGCUCCGUGCUGCUAGACACCACUCGUCGCAUCCCGGUUCGCGUCGUCAACACCUCCAACGUGGAUGUCGUAUACACCUGGGCCUGGGACAAGGCGUCCGUGCAGGAGGACGUGAACUCCAUCGCCUCCAUGUCGAUGCGACAAGGCCGGCCCAAGCCGCCGCCCACGCAGCUCUUUGACGUGAUGCCCAUCCGCGGCGUGUUGCGGCCGGGCGAGGCGGAGAGCAUGACGUUUUCGUUCUUUGCGUAUCCGGGUGUGCGCGCAUCGUGUUCUGCGGUGUGCCAGGUGGAGGGCGGUCCGUCGUACACGGUGCACCUAACGGGCGAGUCGAACAACAUCAAGUAUAGCGUUGAACCCCAGCUCAUGGACUUUGGCGUACAGCUGUACGACCGUACGGUGGAGCGCGAGCUGACGCUGAGCAACCUGGGCAAGGUACCCUUCACCUUCAGCUUCAACUCCAGCCGGCUGUCCCGUCCGGGUAUUGUGGAGGCGGCGCCCGCAUCUGGCACCAUUGCACCCCUUACCAAGGAAGUCAUCAAGCUCAAGGUGUGCCCGGGCAUCCCUGAGAAGCUCUCCGAGACGUUGCUGGUGGAGGUGGCGCACUUUGAGCCGGUGCCUGUGCAGGUCACCGUGGAAGGCACCUACGCGGGUGUUUCUCUCAACCUGCCGCGCAGGCGGGACGAGGCCUUCCUCGCUUGCCUCGACAACGCGCGCAGCAACAUCGCAGCCGCGACCCUACACAACGCGCCGGUCGACGACAGCGACAAGCCGCCUGAGGGCCUGCUCUCAAUGCUUGGCUUUGGCGCGGGUUCCAUGCAACGCUCAACCACACGCAACACCCGUGCUGCCGCCCCGGCUGCCGCCGCGGACGCCGCCGCCGCCGCCGGCGGCCCCGACGGGCCCAUCAUACCAGCGGGGUCACCGGUCUUCGCACCACGAGGGCAAAAGAGCAUGGGCGGCGCCCGCAGCACGGGCGGCGCAGGGGAUGUUCGCGCCCUGUCGACGCUCACAACCGGCCUUGCGGGCGUCCAGAUGUCCAAUGAGAAAAAGGCGGAGGUGGAGGCGGAUCGGCUGAGGCUCAUCCAGCUGCUGCUGGACCGCGAUGCGGAGCGCCGACGCCACUCGGAGCGUGCCGCUGCACUGACGGCAGCGCUGGAGGUAGGCGCCGCCGCUGCAGGACAGCCAGGCCCCGCUGUGACGCUGGCGCGUCAGAUCAGCAGCCAAGUCAGCCCGGUGCCGUCGCAUGCUGGCUCGCGCCGUUCACUGGCGGCUCCGUUGACUCGCGACCCCUCCAGCAUGACCGUCACUUCCGUCAGCACGCUGGCGCGGCUUGACGAGGACGGCAAGCGGGUGCCCCGUGCGCCGCCGCAGCCGCCGCUGCCCUCGCUUGCGGCCGCACACUACGUGCUGGACUUUGGCUAUGUGAUUAAGGGCACCUCGAAGACGCGGAAGUUCAAAAUCACAAACACCAGCAACCAGCAGGUAUCCUUCCGCUUCGACAAGGGCCUGCUGGAGCAGCACGGCUACAAGGUGGACCCCGAGGUGGUGUCGCGACUGCCAGGCGCACCCGAGUUCGCGUCCGUGGAGGUGUCGGUUACGCUGCAGGCCAACAAGUCCAACGUGGCCGCGGGCCCUAUGGAGCUGACCUACCCCGUGGCCAUCAAGGGCUCGCCGCCGGUGCUGCUCACGCUGCGUGCACAUGUGCAGGUGCCGGAUGUGAAGCUGAGCUCGGAGGUCCUGGACUUUGGCUUCUGCCAGACGGGUCAGUGCAAGGUGUUCACGGUGCAGCUGCACAACCACAAGCAGGUGCCCUGCGAGUUCACCAUCAAGCGCCCCGCGGAGCUCAUCAAGGCGAAGGACUGGCAGUUCUUUGGGUGCGAGCCGUCGGAGGGCACCUUGGAGCCGGAUCAGAGGCUGAAAGUCAAGGUGAUAUUCACUCCCGUCCUCAACCGAGAGCUGCCGUACAACCAGGUGAUCCCGCUCAAGAUCAACCUGAACCCCAAGGUUAAGGAGCUCCAAGCCACCGGCCGCGGCCUCACGCCACGCGUGGCCUUCAACCCCACGUUUGUGGAUUGCGGUCCCAUCCUGCCGUACUUUGUCGGGCAGCAGCCCAACGAGGCCAAGGUUGUCAUGUCCAAUCCCUGCACCUUUCCCAUUGAGGUGGUGUCUUUGGACUUUGACACGCGGUACCUGGCGGAUGAUGAGGCACUGCGGGCCAUGGAGGGGUACAACGAGAACGGCAUCCUCUUCCUGCCACCGCUACAUCCCGGAGACCCGCUUUGGCCGGAGGUGUCGGAGGCGGCGGAGCAGAAGAAGCGCAUGGAGGCUGCCGCGGCGGAGGCCCAGGCAGCCGAGGACGGUGCUGCAGGCGUGCCAGUAGGCGCUGCUCCUGCUGCCGCAGAGGAGGGUGUGGGCAGCCUGGAAGCUGUGGCCGGCGGCGCUGCCGCGGCCAGCGACAAGGCCACAAGCCAGGGCGGACCGCAGAAGACGAUUGUCCUCGUCACCGGGCCGCACUUGGUUGGUACCAGCACGCAGGCUCGCAAGCUGGGCGAGCGUUACGAUGUGCCGGUGUCAUCUCUGGAUGACCUGCUGCUGGCUGCAGCUGACCUGGACACCCCGCCGCCGGCUGAGGCUGCAGCCGAUGCGGCGGCAGCGACGGAUCCGGAGCCGGCUCCCGAGGCUGAAAGCGCGGACGGCGACAACGAGGCCGCUUCAGCAGCGCCCACUGAGGCGCCUGUUGGAGAACCGGCGGCGCCUACUGGCCCGCCGCCUUUCGACGCGGAGAUCUCUGAUCUCCUAUUCGACAAGGUACUCAGCGACCCAGAUCGCGAGGCUGAGCCAGACUACGUACCGCCGCAUACCAAGCUCCCAGCAGAUGAGCUGUACGGGCUCGUCCUACGCGGUCUACGGCACCUGCUGGCCCAGAAGCCUGCGGCAUACAACAAGGGCCUGGUACUCGACGGCGUCGUCUCACGUUACCUGCCCCCGCAGCUGGUUGCAAAGGUGCUGCUGGAGGCGUUGGGCAUGGAGCAGAUCAUGCCACCACCGCCGCCGCCGCCGCCGGAGCCUGUAGAGCCGCCCAAGUCCAGGAGGAGCAAGAAGUUGGAUGAGCCGCCACCGACUCCCCCGCCGCCGCCGCCGAAGCCGCUGGGAUGGCGGGGCCCGCACACGGUGCAUGUGGUUCAGCUGGAGCCGGAGGCCUCCCUGUUGGCUGCGCGCUUGCGUACUGCCAAUGACGUCAAGGCGGUACAGCAGGUUGGCUUUGCGGCUGAGGAGUCAACCGCCGCUGCCGCAGCCCCUGCGCCCGCGGCUGCGCCAGGCGUCGAGGCUCAGGCACAACCACCCAGCCAGGAAGCACCGCUGGCGCCUGGCGCCGCUGCAACCGCCACUGAUGAGGCCGCGGCCGCUGCUGCGGCCGCCGCCGCCGCCGCCGCAGCUGACGAGCUGCAGCAGCAGUACCUUGAUGAGGCUGAGCGCACCCUGGCGGCUUACCAGGCUGCCACAGGGGAGCCCCUGGCCGAUGAGAUGGCACCGCCGGGAGCCGACAACGCUGUCAUUCUGCGCAAGGUUUCUGCAGCAGGCAACGAGGACAAGGUUCACAAAGCGGUGUGUGGCCUGAGCUUCCGCAUGGGCGUGCUGGAGACGGCGCUGCCCGUCGCUCCAUGCGAUCUGGAGCUCGUGCCGUCUCGCUACAGCAUGCACAUCGUGCCGCGGCCGCGGCCACGUGCAGCUCGUACUCCCGUACAACGCUUCCGGAUCUUCACUUUCAUCGACCUGCUCAAAGACGGCGCGCCGCCACCGCCGCCACCACCACCCCCGCCGCCGCCGCCACCCACAACCCCGCCCAAGGGCGCCAAGCAUAAGAAAGGGGAGGAGCCGACGCCGCCGCCAACGCCGCCGCCACCCACGCGGCAGCUCAUUCCAGACACGCGAUGGGUCAUUCCGGCAGGGGGCUCGGUAGAGCUGCUGGUGCAGUUCUCCUCAACCGAGGUGGGCAAGUUUACGGAGACGCUUGCGUUCGACGUGCUGGGUGGCGAGCGGCUGAACACUCUGGUGCUGACCGGCACUUGCGACUAUCCGCACAUCAGCACCGACUACCGCAACGUGUUUUACAAGAAGGUCAAGGCACGGCCGCAGACGCCGCUGAUUCGCGCGCAGUACGUCAUCAGCAAGGGCGUGUUCGAGUUUGGGCCGCUGCUGCACAGCAAGGACGCGACGGGCUACCUGGAGGGAGCGCAUCCGGAUAACACGGCGCGCAUCCGCAUCACCAAUAACGGCCUGUUUGACAACCAUGUGGAGUUCAGUCUCAAGUCGCAUGAGCAGCAGCAGGCGGAGGAGGAGCUGGCUUCACCAACCGGGCAACGCGCAGCCGCCAGCAGCGGUCGAGGCGGCAAAAAACCGGAGGAGAAGCCCAAGAAGCCAGAUCCCAAGAAGGACAAGGACGGCAAGAAGGACGCCAAAGGCGGCAAGGCCGCUGCUGCUGCCGAGCCGCCUCCGCCCGUCCUCACGCUUGACAAGGUGUUCACGGUGCACCCACCAUCGCUCGACCUCAAGGUGGAUGAGACGCAGGAGCUGUGCGUGUACGCCUUCCCCAAGGCGGAUGGGCUGGUGGAGGAUGUGAUCAUCUGCAGGAUCAAGGACAACCCCACACCGGUGGAGUUCCCCAUCUCGGUCAUCGGCGCCAAGCCGCAGGUGCAGGUCCGCCUCAACGACGGCACGCCGCCGCCCGACCCCAACGCUCCUGGCGCCAACACGGCGCCGCACCCGCACAACCUCUCCACGCAGGGCAUUGUGUUCGAGCGGCUGCUGGUGAACAAGAAGGACGUCAAGACCUUCACCGUCACCAACCCCGGGCUGCUGCCCAUCAAGUGGCGCCUCGCCAACCUGGCCUCGCUGCCCAAGGAGUUCACCGUGUACCCCCAGUCUGGUGAGCUGGCUGCUCGCUCCGACGUGGUUGUAACGGUGGAGUUCAGCGCCAUCGAGAAGCGCAUGUGCGAGGCUCGGCUGGUGCUGGAGGUGCUCGAUGUGCAGGAGCUUCAGGGCGUGGCGCACAGCAUCCCGCUGCCCAUCAAGGGAGAGGCGUACAAGAUUGAGAUCGACAUCAACUUCCCGCAGAUCAACUUCCCUGGCGUGGAUUACGGCACGCUGCGUGUGGUGGAUGACGUGGCGAAGCCCAUCGUCAUCAAGAACACGGGCAAGUACGCCAUCGCCUACAACUUCUCCAUGAAGCCGGGCUCCGUGCUGCAAGGGCUGCUCACCAUCACGCCGCCGGCUGGGAACAUUGAGCCCGGCAAGGAUGCCCGGAUUGAGAUGGCGUGGAACAAGGACAAGUCGCUCAGGAACGAGGUCACGCUGCUGGGUAACAGCGACGUCACGCUUUCCAUCAUCGAGCCGCUCACCACCAACCGCGAGGACACCAUCCCCAUCCAAAUCUCCGGUCGCGCUGUGUUCUCAAAGUACGCCGUCACGCCCGCGCGCGGCAUCCACUUUGGCCCCGUCACUUACAACACCGCCUCCAAGCCCAAGGUCGUGGAAAUCACCAACCUCGGCCAGUUCGAGUUCAAGUUUAAACUCUUCAGCCAUGCGCAUGGCCUGCCCACGGCGCCGCCCGCACCGCCGCCACCACCGCCUACCGGCAAAAACGCGGCGUCGCAGAAGAACAAGGCGCCGCCGCCGACACCGGCGCUGUCGAUUGGGCCCUUCGCGUUUGAUCCGCCGGAGGGCGCAAUUCCGCCUGGCGGCCGUCGGGAGGUGGCCGUGGUCUUCAACGCCGCGGGCGCGGCAACCUACACGGAAGUCUUGGGCAUCGACAUCAGCGAGCGUGACUUCAACGACCAGCCCAGCGGGAUCCCGAUUGAGGUUGCGGGCGAGUCGUGCAUCCCCGGCAUUGAUGCCGAGAACACCGGCGCCAUCUUUGAGGAACACGUCAUCUCUGCCUCCCUGGACCCCUUCAACCCCGUCAACAACGAGUUCUCCACACGUGAGCGCGUGUUCAACUUUGGCGCAGUGCUGGCACAGCUGGGCGGCGGCGACGCCGCCGACAAGCCACCGCCGUCUCCACCGCCGCCAGCGGAAAAGCCGCCCACUCCCCGUGGCCGCGCGGCCUCCAAGGCCCCUGCCAAGGCGCAAGACUUGGAGCCGCCACCUGCCGUCGCCACCGCGCCGCAUGCCGUCCGCGCCAACCUCAAGUUCAUCAACCCGGUCAAGGUGCCCUGUGUGGUUAACUUUACCAUCAAGCCGCGUGGCAACCUGCCGCCGGGCGUGCACCUGCCCAUGGAGGUGUCGCCCGCGCAGCUGGUCAUUCCGCCGCUCGAGUACCGAUACACGGCGCUGUACUUUGCGCCGCGCGCCAUCCAGACCUACGUGGCUACCUUUGAGGCGGCCGUCGAGAACGGCGGUGACCCCAAGACCAAGUCCUUCACGUGUGAGGUCCGCGGCGAGGGUACGCUGCCGUCGCUGGCGAUCACAGAGCCCACGCAGGUGGACAACCAGGGCCGACCGGUGCUGCGCUUCUCGCGGCUGCUUCGUGGCCGGAGCGCUACGGGCCGCAUCACGCUGAAGAACAACGGCAUCCUGCCCGCCAAGGCGCGCAUUGAGAUGGCGCCGCAUGCUGCGUACCGGCUGGAGGGCGCGGAUGCGGCGAUGAGCGGCGGAGAGUCGUUUACGGUGGAGAGCAAGCGUAGCGUGUCGUACACGGUGGUGUUCACGCCGGAGAAUGUGGGCAUUGCGCAGCAUGAGUUGCGGCUGCGGGUCAGCAACAACCCCUUUGAGGAUUACAGGUUCCUGCUGACGGGCGAGGGCUACCAGGAGGACGUCACCUUCGACCUGCUGCCCAACGACGCCCUGGACACGCUGCGGCUGCAGGACGGACCCGUGGGUCGGCCGACCCAGGCCGUCUUCGCGCUCCGCAACCACUCCACCACCAAGAACUUCCGCUUCCGCUGGCCUGCCACGGGCGCGCCCAGCUCCAGUCCCUACCUCACCUUCUCCCCAGCUGUAGGCCACCUGCUGGCAGGCAGCAGCAAGGACGUCACGCUGACCUUCUCCGCCAGCGUGCCCGUCAAGCUGCAGCCACACGAUGUCAAGGUGGCUCUGGCGCAGAUCAACCACGCCUCUGAGGCGCAGGUCAUUGACUGGGACGACCGCUCUGUUGUGGUGGACUACGGCCUCCCGCCGGGUCCUGACGGCCAGCCAGUCGCCAAGCCGGAGCCCGAGCCGCCGGUCACGGACGUCCCGGGCAGCAUCCGCGAGCUGCUGCUGCACGUGCACGCCACCGCCGACAACGCACGCUACACCUGCGACGCCGGACCCAUCGUGUUCAAGCCCACCAUGAUGUUCCAGACGCGCGCCUUCACCUUCCCGCUUGCCAACGCCAGCAGCGCGCGCAUGGACUACAAGUUCACGAUCAUGCAGGCGGACGGCAACAUGGCGGACACGUCGGGGCUGUACAGCGUGUCGCCCGAGGGCGGCGUUAUCGAGGCGGGCCAGGCGGCGCAAAUCACCGUCAAGUUCUCGCCCACGGAGGUUGAGGACUGCUCACGGGUGCUCACAUGCUACAUCCCGCACCUCGACGCCAGCUGCCAGCCGCUCGCACGGCCGCUCAGCGGACGCGUGUUGCGGCCUUGGGCGCAUUUCGAGCUGCCGGAUUCGGACUACAUGUCCAGCGGGCGCCGCAGUCCGGACAUGCCUGGACCGUCGGGUUCCAUCGAGCCCUUGGACCCCGCCACGCGUGUUCUGGAGGUGGAAUCCCUGGGCGUGCGCCUACGCAACACCAAGCGCUUCUUCGUGCUCAAUCCCACGGGCAUCUCAUACGAGUUCUUCUGGCAGCCGGUCAACAAGGCGCAGGAGGGCGGCGCGUUCUCAUGCAUCACCAAGCGCGGCGUGAUUGGCGGCGGCCGGCGCUUCGAGAUGGUGUUCGAGUACACGCCCGUGACGGAUACCGUGGUGGAGUCCUUCUGGACCUUCCGCAUUCCCGAACAGAACAUCGAGGUGCCGUUCCUGCUGGUUGGGUUGGUCAGCGAGCCGCGGGUGGUGCUGGACCGGCCGUCCAUCAACUUUGGGCAGAUCCUUAUUGGCUGCAAGGGCCACGCCACGCUCACCAUGCUCAACAACGAGCACCUGCCCUUCCAGUUUGCCUUCGACAAGAACUCCUACGACGCCACGGACGAGCUUAUCAAGGCAACAGGCUUGCGUCCCGUGUUGGAGCUGGAGCCCUCCAGCGGUGUGGUGCCCGCACAGGGCUCCGUUACCAUCUCCGCCACCUUCACACCCCGCCUGGAGCGCGACAUCAACUACAACGUGCAGUGCACCGUCAAGAACAAGCCCACACGGCUGGCGCUCAACGUCAAGGGCGAGGGCACCGCCAUCCACGAGGCGUUGCAGCUGGAGGACCCCGACGGAAGCACGGUGGUGCUGGCGCCACGGCAACCCAACGCUGUGGACUUUGGACAGGUCUUGAUCAACGAGCGCUGCGUGCGCGCUUUUGCGCUCGUCAACAGCGGCCAGGUCAACUUCAACUUUGUGUGGGACGUGGGCACCAACCCGCGCAUCAGCAUUAGCCCCGAGAGCGGCACGGUGCCGCGUGGCGAGCGGCUGGUGUGCGAGCUGGCGUACAACCCGCAUGGGCCGGACAAGCUGCGUGAUUGCAAGGUCACCUGCCAGAUCCUCAACGGCCCCAAGUACACCCUCCUGCUCAACGGUGUGGGCCACAAGCCGCGUCUCGACCUCUCCUGGUUCAACCACGACUUUGGGUUGCAGCCCGUCUGGCAGCCCGGCAUGGCUCCCGCUGUCCGGGCGCUGCGGCUACGCAACGACGACACGCAACCCAUCGCGGUGGACCCCCACUGGGACCCCCAGUCGCCAGCCGUUGCCGACUGGCAGGUCGACUGUACACCGCUGGUCCUGCAGCCCGGCGAGAGCCGCGAGUGGGUGGUCACCUUCAAGCCCCGCGCCGCCGCGCCCUGCACGCUGUCGCUCCCCCUGGAGAUCAACGGCCUAUACACGGUGCACGUGGAGGCCAAGGGCGAGGGCAGUCCGCUGCGCGUCGAGGUGGCCAAUCCGGCACACCGUGCCAUCAACUUCGGCCCGGUUUCGCAAGGCGGCACCGCCACGCGUGUCGUCCCGGUGGUCAACCGCGGCCGCACCACCGCCACCCUCAGCCUCGCGCCCAGCUUGGAGAUGCUGGCUCGAUGCAGCGUGGACGUCAUUCCAGCCCCCUCCUCGGAGCUGCUGCUGCGACCGCGUGAGUCCACGGACCUUACCUUUUUCUUCCGCCCGACCGCCCGCAUGCGUCCCUUCACGGAGGAGCUCCUGGUCAACCUGUGCGGCGUGCGAACCCCGCUGGCCACCCUCACCGGCGCCUGCCUGGGUACGGAGCUGCGUCUGGCAUCCGAUUCGCUUCCGUUCGGGCCCGUGGUGCUGGGCAGCCGAGCGGUGAAGCGGCUACAGUUGGAGAACACAGGCGAUGUGGGCACCAAGUUUGUAUGGGACACACGCGCGCUGGGGCCGCACUUCUCCAUCUUCCCUGCGGAUGGCUUCCUGGCGCCUGGGCAGGAUGUCAAGCUGGACGUGACGUUCCACCCGGCGGAGGUAAACCCUGAUAUCCGGGUGGAUAAGGUGCGGCUCAAGGUGGAGGGCGGCGCGGAUUCGACGCUCACGCUCACGGGUGCCUGCAUCGCCACCGCCGCGCAACCCGAGGUGGUGUCCUUUGCCUGCAACGUACGCGCCUCCGCACAGCAGACCAUCACCAUCACCAACUCCAGCAGCUCCGGCUGGACGUUGCGACCCGUGGUUCAGAACGAUUUCUUCUCCGGCCCGGAAUCCCUGUCGGUCGCGGCCAACAGCAAGGCCACCUACCCCAUCACCUUCAAGCCCCUCACCAUGUCCUCACCCGACCAGCCGCAUGAGGGCAGCGUCUUCUUCCCCAUCCCAGACGGCACUGGUCUGCUGUACCGACUCGUCGGCCGGGCAGAGGCGCCUGUUCCCGAGGGCCUUGUGGAGCGAGCCAUCCAGGCCAAGGCGCCUCACACGGAGGUGCUCAAGUGCCAUAACUGGCUGCACAAGCCGCAGCGCUUCAAGGUGAUUGUGGAGCGCAAGACGGGGGAUCGGUCCACGCAACUGGGCGCGCCCGAGUACAUUGACGUUCCGGCGCUGUCGUCCAAGGAGGUCAAGCUGAGCGUGUAUUCGUACACGGCGUCCACCACGAUGGCCACGGUGACGUUCAAGAACGAAGCCUCAGGCGAGUACCUCUUCUACGACCUCAAGCUGGUGGCCUCCCCGCCCGCACAGCGCGGUACGCUCUCCCUGGAGUGCCCUGUUCGCACGCAAACCACCACCAAGGUCUCCGUCAGCAACCCCCUGGCAGAGGACAUCACCAUCCGCGCCUCCGCCACCAACAAGCAGGUAGGCGUGCCCGCCUCCACACUUCUCCGCGCCGGCGCCACCACCGAGAUCGAGGUGCGCUACCGGCCUCUGGUGGUGGGCUCCAGCGAGGCGCUGCUGAAGCUGGAGUGCCCGGAGCUCGGGUUGUACGAAUGGGCGCUACGGCUGGCCGGCACGCCGACCAACCCGGAACGCAGCCUGGCGUUCAACGUGCCGCUGGGCAGUCGCGAGACGCAGGUCUUCCGCUUUACGCACUGGCUGGACGAGCGCGCGGACUACAAGGUCGCGUUCAAGUCGUCCGGCACGCAUGUGGCGACGGGCGGCGCGUUCACGGCAGCGGCUACGGUUUCCGCGCCGCCUGCUGUGGCUGGGCUUGCAGCGGGUGCGGAGGUGUCACUGGAGGUGCACUUUGAGCCGACGGCGGUGGGAGAGAACAUCCGGGAUACGCUGGUGGUAUCCUCGGCCACGGGCGGGGAGUACCAGUGCCCGUUGGUGGGCCGCUGCAUUCCGCCCAAGCCGCAAGGCCCGGUUGACGUCAGCAAGGGCACGGCGGUGCUGCCGUUCACCAACGUGUUCACGGCGGAUGCGGACUUCCAGCUUGCGGUGGAUAACCCGGCGUUUGUGGUGAAGAACAAUGAGCGUAUCGGGUCUAAGAAAUCGGCCAACAUCGCCAUUGCAUACAAGCCGCCGGAUCCCACCAAGCCCAGGACCGGCAAGCUCACAAUCUGCUGUCCCUCCCAGACGAACUGCCAGUGGGUGUACUACCUGCAGGCGUGAGGGGGCAGGGAAGGGGGCGGCAUGGUUGGGAUUGGCGUUGCGGGGGAUGGCAUAGGCGGAUGGCUGGUUGGCAUGCGCGUGAUCUGAUGCGUCCGUUGCGGCCUAAGAUGAGGUCCCAUGUGGUGAAAGGAUGCGGGGAGGUAGAUGUAAAGAGCCUAGUAAGACAGUGAGGGAUGGAGUAGGAGGUGACGGGCAACAUGGCAGUGCAUGCAAACGUGCGCUGGGGUAAGGGGUGCCACGGUUAGUAAGUGUUGUGGAUGAAGGCUGUUCUGACGUGACGGCAGGACGUGACGGAGGUUUCCGUUGCUAAGUGACUAACCGGAACUUGUUAUGGCAGGCGUGAUCUAUUCCUGUGAGCCGACGUUGACAGUAUGGUGAAGUCUUGGUGUUAGUGUGUACCCUUAGAUGCAUCGAGGAAAUAUCCUGUAUGCCAUGUGGUCUCAAACUAUGUUGACUCUUGGGGAAGGGACGCCGUUGCUAACGUGACUCGGACUAUGGGCAGCAGAUAUUAACACUCCUGGUGGCCUUGUGGUGGGCAGCAAAAAUGUCGCACGCGUGCGGUAUAUGGCGCCGUACUGGCGCUACGGUGGUGCCACAUUGUACAGCAAUCCUUAGCAUAGCGAUGCUUCUUAGGUGACGCUCAGUGGCAAUGCAGACCACGCAUUGCCGUCAAGUUACGGUAUGACAUAUUCACAUAUGGUCAUGUGCCUGGUGGUGUACAGUGCAUGGUGAGGCUUGACGCAUAACCCGUGAACUGGACUGCAACCGCAGCUGUGCUGCAGUCCUUUGGCGGAGGAAGGCUACUGCCCUUCUAUUGUAACUUGCAAAAAUGCCUGGG